CCCCUUCUUUCUGCUUUACUCUCUCACAAGCAAGCCACGAGUCAGUCCUCUCAGAGAGAGGUUGAAAGAUGACCAAUCCUAGUGAAGAUCGCCGCCCCCGUCCUCCGGCGACUCGUCCGCCGCCGCACCAUCCCUCUCGGCCGGCAGCAUCGACGGCAGCACAGUCGAAAGUCUCGAAACGUAUCCUCCUCCGCGUCGCCUCCGUGGCCUGCGGAAUACAGUUCGGAUGGGCUCUUCAGCUCUCGCUUCUCACGCCGUACGUGCAAGAGCUAGGGAUUCCACACGCGUGGGCGAGUGUGAUUUGGCUCUGUGGUCCGCUCUCGGGCUUGUUCGUGCAACCCCUCGUAGGGCACAGCAGCGACCGGUGCACGAGCAGGUUCGGCCGUCGCCGUCCGUUCAUCGUCGCCGGAGCUGUGUUGAUCGCCAUCGCGGUGUUGAUCAUCGGCCACUCGGCGGACAUCGGUUGGGCGUUUGGCGACAGAGAAGGGAAGAUUCGAACGAGAGCGAUUGUGGCGUUUGUUUUCGGGUUUUGGAUCCUCGAUGUUGCGAAUAACAUGACUCAGGGUCCUUGUAGAGCUCUUCUCGCCGAUCUCACUGAGAAUGACCACCGCAGGACCCGAGUAGCAAACGCUUACUUCUCACUCUUCAUGGCUAUUGGCAAUAUUCUUGGCUACGCCACUGGAUCUUACAGUGGUUGGUAUAAAGUCUUCCCAUUCACGAAGACUGUUGCAUGCAAUGUGGAAUGUGCCAAUCUCAAGGCUGCCUUCUACAUAGACGUAGUGUUUAUUGCAAUAACUACGUGCUUAAGUGUAUCUGCAGCUCAAGAGAUACCUCUUUCUUCGCUGCCUUCCGAAGCACAUGAGGGAUCCAGUAGCACCCAGGAAGCUUUCAUGUGGGAAUUAUUUGGGACUUUCAAAUAUUUCCCAGGAAUUGUUUGGAUAAUCCUGCUGGUUACAGCAUUGACUUGGGUCGGUUGGUUUCCGUUUAUUCUCUUUGAUACUGAUUGGAUGGGUCGGGAGAUCUAUGGUGGAGAACCAAACCAAGAUCCUUAUUAUAGUGCUGGUGUCAGGAUGGGUGCACUUGGUUUGCUGUUGAAUUCUGUUUUUCUUGGAAUCACUUCUGUGCUCAUGGAGAAACUUUGCAGAAAGUGGGGGGCUGGUUUUGUAUGGGGAGUGUCGAACAUCCUUAUGGCUCUUUGCUUUCUUGCUAUGAUUGUGACCUCCUUUGUUGCAUACCAUCUGGGUUACCUCGGCCAUGGUUCACCACCUGCUGGCAUUGUAUUUACCGCACUAUUCAUUUUUUCGGUUCUUGGCAUUCCAUUGGCGAUAACCUACAGUGUCCCAUAUGCAUUGAUUUCUAUUCGUAUCGAGGCGUUGGGACUCGGCCAAGGCUUGUCCUUGGGAGUGCUGAAUUUAGCCAUUGUGAUCCCACAGGUUAUCGUGUCUGUAGGUAGUGGCCCGUGGGAUCAGCUGUUUGGAGGUGGGAAUUCACCAGCCCUUGCGGUAGGAGCUGUUGCAGGCGUUAUUGGUGGAAUUGUGGCCAUCUUGGCUAUUCCUCGAACUAGGGUCCAGAAGACAACGCCUCUCCCAUGAAUUCCUUUCAUUGCACAAGGUUGAUGCAAAAGGUGGACAAUACUGAACAACGAUUAGAGGGUCCAUAUGACGGAACGGUAAACGGGAGUUUAAAGGCAUGUUGGAGAGCAUGUACCAACAAUUUUAUGCUUGAAGAAAUGACCCAAGAGAUUGCAAUUUGACGCCGUCCUUGUCAUGAAAAAUGCAUGAACAGCUGACAGUCACUGUGGCUAAACCCGGUAUUUGUCUAGGACCUAAGCCCUAACUCUGGGCUGCGAUCCUCGUCAAUAAAGGGGCCAUUGAAGUUUGCAAUGAAAAAAUGACGUCACUGAAUUCACAAGGUAUUUGCAUCUCUCCUUUUAUCGAUGUCCUGAUUCGUUUUUUUCUUCAUCGGGUUAAUCCUUGCCUGUUCCACUGUUAUUUGCUUGCUUUCCCAUUUCCAUGUACAUUCAAAGUAUUAAAUGUUGUGUAAUCAUGUCUGCUGCUUC